AUGUCCUUUCAUUCUUCUGGUUCUGAAAGGGUUUUACCACCCAUUGUAACUCUUGAUACGGAUAAUGUUACGCCGGUUUUACCACCUGUAUCAAGCCUUGCUCCUCCUGUAUCACCACUACAUUCUCCUCCUGUCGACUUGUCAACUUCUCCAUUUAUUACACGUAAUUAUGUUCAUUCAACACCAUCUCAACAAAUGGUAACAACAAAACAAGUAGGGCUGAAAAUAUACCCUCAAUCUGAACGUAUACGAACUCCUUUUGAAAGUGGUCACUUUCAUUCUCUUUCAAAUAUUCCUCAAUAUGAUCAACAAUCUUAUUCUUCACAAAGGCAAGUUAGAAGCGCGAAUCAAGUUAUAAUGACUACUCCAACUCAUAAUCAUAAUAUGAUUUCAAGACCAAUACAUCAUCCAUAUCAACAUCCUAUUUAUCAUCAAAAUAAUCAAAUUGAUCCAGCUAUUGAAUUACUUGCUGAAAAAAGACGUCGAAAUGCUGGUGCAUCGGCUCGUUUUAGAGAUCGGCGGAAACAACGUGAACGAGAAAUGCAAGACAAAUGUCAAUUCUUGGAAAGAAGAGUUCAAGAAUUAGAAAGUAUGGAUAAUGCUAAACGUAUUCAUUAUCUUCGUUCGAAAUUACGCGAAGAACCUGAAUCCUUAACUCCACCUUCCUCCGCAGGAGAAUAUGAUUCUAAAGAUGAUCUUUUUAAUUUUAAUUCAAGAAUAUCAAGGCCACUUUCAUCCUCGUCAACAUCUUCGGAUAGGCCUUGUAAACCAACUGACGUUAAAUCACUCUUAUCAUGA